AUGACGACUAUUAUCCCAGACGGCUUCACCGUAAGAAGAAUUGAUUCUCGCGAUUUUGACGGAGCUAAAGUAGCAUUGGCUGGAUUAACUACAGUUGGGGAGAUUAGUCAAGAGGACUUCAACUCGAUUCUAGGUUAUUGGGAUUCUGUACUUUUACCUAAUGGCAAACAAGCUUAUAAUACAUUUGUUAUAACAGCGAAGGAAACUGAAAAAGUUGCAGCUAUUGGAACUGUAUUUGUUGAAAAGAAAAUUAUACAUAAUGGAGGUUUAGUUGGUCAUAUUGAAGACAUUGCAGUGAAUAGUGAUUUCCGUGGUCAAAAACUUGGUAAAGUUCUAAUAAAUUAUCUAAGUUCAAUUGGCAAACAAUUAGGAUGUUAUAAGAUAAUCUUAGAUUGUGAUGAGAAAAAUGUUGGAUUUUAUGAAAAAUGUGAUUAUAAUAAAGCUGGUAUUGAAAUGCAAAUUAGAUACCAAUAG